AUGGCGAGCUACGAAGACGACAUCGAGCCCAUCGCCGACCCAGGCGAGGGCUCGUCCUCCACGUCACUCGGCAAGCGAGCACGCAACAACGACGAUGCUCCCGCUGCCUCUGCCUCGGAUGCAUACUCGCGCCUGUCACCCGAGCCGGACGAGGACAUGGAUAUGACCAAAGGCAAGCACCCCGUGUGGCUCGUCAAGAUUCCCAAGUUCCUUCUUCAGGCAUGGUCCGCGAUCCGUACGGACGACUUGCGCCUCGGCACCGUUCGCGUCUACGAUCCGGAUCACCUGGGCCAACAGCGCAUGGAGCUGCUCCUUCCCGACCCACCGCUGCCCGCCAUCCCCACCGAGCCCGGCAAUCCGCGCAACCCGAGAUACGACACCAUCCCACGCGCAUACGAUCUCAAGCUCACCAGCGAAUCCGCCGCGACACUUGCCCGCAACACAUACGCGUUUCGCGAACAGCUCCAGGACCUCGACCCGUCGUCCUCGUCGCUCAAAGACGACGAUGAGAGCGACGAGGACGAGAGCGGGAGGCAGAAGAAGCGGGGCAAGACACGUCGGGUCACAGCGCUCUGUGGGACUGUGACGAACGAGGCAGCGCUGCAACCGCAGAUUCGGUCGGGGGGUGAAGAUGUCAAGCCUGGCAGCUCCACGUCUGGCAUCGCCGGUGGAGCUCCUAUUAGCGAUAGCUACCGCGAACUGCUGCGUCGACGUCGUGCCGAGGCCUCGACGCCAAAGCGAACCAUCAAGAUGUUGGACUCGAGCGAUGCGGGACGGCACAACAUGAUGGUGGCCGGCGUAGGCUCCCUCUCAUCUCAGAAAUCGAGGUUCAACGCAGCGAUCGCCCAGAAACCUACCUCGUCGGCAAGUGGCGGAGGCGAAAAGUUCGCUAGGAUGCCCAAGAACGAACUGCUCGACAUGCUCUUUGGUCUGUUCGAACGAUGGCAGUACUGGUCGUUGAAGAAGUUGCGCACGGAGACGCAACAGCCCGAGAGCUAUCUCCGGGAGGUCCUGACGGGUAUUGCGGAUCUGCACAAACGCGGGCCGUACGUGGGGAAUUGGAGCUUGAAACCCGAGUACAUGGACGCGAGGAAGGAACAGGAGAAGAGGGAGCAGAGCGAGAAGGAACAACAGAAGAAGAAGGCGGCAGAACAGCAGGAGGACGAGGAGGAUUAUGGCGAGAACGAUGAGAGUGACGAUGAUGGCGAGGAUUUCGACGAUGUUUGA